GCGGCGCAAGAGGCUGAUACUAACCGGCAGGUUAAGCUUAAAGGCUCUCGAAACUUUCAUUUGAAAAGGCGAAGAUAUUUCGAAAAGGAUCUACGUGGCUUCAUUCUAUCACAUCCUUAUUCGUCAAGUGGGAAAGCAUCUGCAGCCAUGUCCGUGAACAUUCAUAUCAACAGCCCUAAUGUGAAGUACACAGAUACACACAUUGUGUCUCAGUAUUCCUAUCAGACCACAUCAGUGCACAGAGAGGGGGACAACGUCACAGUGACACCCCAAAAUGUCGAGAUGACUUUUCGCACAGAGAAGUGCGUGCCUCGGCUGGGUGUGAUGCUGGUGGGCUGGGGAGGCAACAAUGGGACCACUGUCACAGCAGCUGUACUGGCCAAUAAGCUGGGCCUCACCUGGAGAACUAAGACAGGGGUGAAGAAAGCAAACUACUUCGGCUCCUUCCUGCAGGCGUCUACAGUGUGCCUGGGAUCAGGGCUUGAAGGUGAUGUCAACGUGCCCUUCCGUGACCUCCUACCCAUGGUGCACCCUGAUGAUAUCGUCUUUGAUGGUUGGGAUAUCUCAUCCCUGGAUCUUGGCAGUGCCAUGGAGAGAGCUCAGGUGCUUGACUGGUCUCUACAGGAGCAGCUGCGACCACACAUGAGCUGCAUGAAACCCAGAGCGUCCAUCUAUAUCCCAGAAUUCAUUGCUGCAAACCAAGAGAGUCGUGCAGACAAUGUCCUUACUGGAACAAUGGCAGAGCAGGUGGAGCAGAUCAGAGCAGACAUAAGAGCCUUCCAUCAGUCCAGCAGUGUGGACAAAGUCAUCGUUCUGUGGACGGCUAAUACUGAGCGCUUCUGUGACAUCAUACCCGGGGUCAACGACAGUGCCAAGAACCUACUAGCUGCAAUCCAGGCUGGAGCAGAGGUGUCCCCCUCCACUCUGUUUGCUGUGGCCAGUAUCCUUGAGGGCUGUGCCUACAUCAACGGCUCCCCACAGAACACUUUUGUACCGGGGGCGGUGGAGCUGGCUGUGCAGAAAGGUGUGUUCAUCGGAGGAGAUGACUUCAAAUCUGGGCAAACAAAAAUCAAGUCUGUGCUGGUGGACUUUCUGGUCAGCGCAGGUAUUAAGCCGACCUCCAUUGUCAGCUACAAUCACCUAGGCAACAACGACGGGAAGAAUCUGUCAGCCCCGCAGCAGUUCCGCUCCAAAGAGAUCUCCAAAAGCAAUGUGGUGGAUGACAUGGUGCAGUCGAACCCUGUACUGUACAAGCCCGGAGAAAAACCUGACCACUGUGUGGUGAUUAAGUACGUCCCCUAUGUGGGAGACAGCAAGCGUGCCAUGGACGAAUACACCUCUGAAAUAAUGAUGGGAGGAACCAAUACCAUCGCUUUGCACAACACAUGUGAGGACUCCCUACUGGCCAGCCCAAUCAUCCUGGACCUGUUGAUCCUCACAGAGCUCUGUCAGCGUGUGACUGUCCAACUUCAGGGAGAGGACGACUUCCAGUCCUUCCACAGCGUCUUAGCACUGCUGUCCUUCCUCUGCAAAGCCCCCCUGGUACCAUCAGGGACCCCAGUGGUUAACGCCUUCUUCCGCCAGAGGGCCUGCAUAGAAAACAUCCUGAGGGCAUGUCUCAGCCUUCCUCCUCAGAACCACAUGCUGCUGGAGCACAAGCUGCAGAGAGGCUUCCUGUCUCCACAUGACAACCACAUCAACGGCAACAUGGCUGCUUUGAAGAAAGUUUCCCUUACCAAUGGAAACCACAUAACUCUAACAAACGGGAUCCGUGCACAUGUAGAUGAUGCAGCACAUGCGAUAUGACGGCAAAUACAGCACGACAGCUCAACUAAAACCAUACAAUUAUAAACCUGAUAUCUCAUGUAGAACGACCACAAGCCCUCAUUGAUCAAGCUGCCAUUUAAAAAUGAUAAUUUUAGAGUUUAUAGGUUUAUGUAAGUUGUAUAUGAGAUCAGAAACAUUUAGCAAGUCUUUGCCAUUCAAAGGCAGGUGUGAUACAGUUAGUCACUAACAUAUUAUUGAGCCCAUUUACUUCAUUUAUUUAAGACUCUACUCUGCACAACACAGUGAAAGGCAGCCUAUUUUGCUAAAAUGUAUGUUUGUACUUGUAACAAACAAUGUGUUUGAUAUUCAAAGUGAAAACUGCCUUUUACAUUUUUGCUUGUUUCUUGUAGUUUUAUUUAAGUAAUUUUAAAUGUUUUCAAAAAAAUUUAAAACAUGACUUUACGAUGUUGUUCUUUAAACCAGUUUCAAAUCCUUUAAUACUACACGUGCUGAUGUUGCAGCUGUGAUAAACGAAAUAGGUCAAUGAUGUUUUUCUGUUUUCUGUAUUUUUUGUCUACUGCUGCCCUUUUUGAGGCCAAAAGAUGUAGUUUUUUUAGUGUUUUGUUGAAAAGUUACACUGGAUAUUUAUGAACAAUAAGAGUAAAAUACUUGUUUGGUUUGAACUUAUUUUUGGCAUUAUUUGUUCAUCUUUUUAAUUCAUCCUCCAUUUUUUAGCCAAGUACAAAAAUGUAUUUAUUUACA